CCGCCAUGCAGGGCCACAAUUCAUAUUUCCACCGAUGGCAAUCUUAAGUUGGACAAGUUCUCGAUCGUACUGGCCCAAGGCAAUCGGCAUGUAGUUUAUAGAUCGUUCGCCAAUCUAGCGACUCUCGUUGAGACCUUCCAAUCAGGCAUAAGCUGUCAGGCCGCAACGCAGACUUCCCAAUUUUAUCUGUGCGCGAUGAAUCAUAUCCUGGCGCUUUUUUUUUCUCGCUUCUCCCUUGAUUUCCCUCCUGUUAUUGCCAGCAGGAUCUGAUUGAUCCCCUGCAGAGUCUUUUUUUCUCUUGCUGCGGCGUUUAUUCGCUAUAAUUGAUUUCCUCUUCUCUGUGAGACAUUGAAGCCUUGCAGUGGAUCAGCGCAACACGCCGUCCAGCAACGGUUUUUUUUUCUCGGUACUUUUUCUCCUUGGGAAGACUGGACUUUGGGAGACUUGGGAUGAACGAGAUCAAAAUUAUCUAAGGUCAAGUCGAUUUCACCGACAUCUACCUCUAAUCUUCUUGUUUUUUUUUCACUGUGUGCACCGCCUUUUUCCCAUGCUGGUCUUGUCACGGACCAGCCUCCCAGCCUCCGCGCCCAUUGCGACCCGACGUUGUGUGACACGCCAAGUUGAAUCUUGACCCGGUCCUACACGGAAGCUCUCAGUCUCUCAGAGAUCCCGCGGAAGAGAUAUUUCCAAGAUACCAGCCAAAGGAAAGGGGGAACCAUUCAGUUAGAGAAGGGCCAGGAGAGCAGGGAAAAUCGGCGCCAACAACGCACACCUCCCCCGUAGUGUGUGGCCAGUGCAGGUACAAACGAAUUUUUUUUUUUCUUCUCCUCACCUUGGCUCUUUUCUCCUCCUUAACCCCGCCACUAGGAGCCUGAUCAACAUCAGCUCGAUUCUUAUGGCCAUCGGCGUUCCGGCCGGCAGGGUGUUCGAGUCGUUCCUUGCACGACUGAGCAACUGCGUGCCGAAUGGCCAUCUCGCUUGCCAAUAACUCCUAUAGCCCGACGCGGCUGGGUUUCCCUUUGGACGAAAAGGGGCCUCAGCAGAAGCAGAGUAUGUGGCAUCGUUUGGGUCUGCGACGUUGGCUGGGCCGCGAUGAUCGAGACGCUUCACCCGAGAGGGCCGAUAGGAGACAAUCUUCUCCCCUAUCCCCCCACAACAACCACUCCCACGGCCACCACAAUCACCGCGCCUCCUCUGCCGACAACUUCCCCCGCGCCAAGCAGGAUAACUUGACCCGCCGUCUCUCCCGCAAAGUCGGCGUAGGUCUCCCCCGAUCAACUACCUUCAAACGUCAGAUUGCCGAACGUCGGGAUCGCCUAGCCCCCCUCGAGCCUGAACACCGCCGUGCGCAGUCCGCCGACCGCCAGCCGUUGAGCAUCCAAAGAACCAGAACCCGUUCUCCACCGCCAGCCGUGGGCCCCCGACUCUCCGCGCCAGAGGUUCAGUGGCUCGGGCCGACACCCGCAACCACGGUCGACGACGCCGCCCAAACGAACGAUGAAAGUGGUCUCCACGCCGACUGGGAGAAUCCUUCGUAUCCGGACGUGACAAUCACCCCUUCGGAGAUCGAGGCCGACCUAGAACCAGAGACGGAAACGGAGACGCAGACGCAGGCGCCAGUGCCGGCAUCGGCACCCCUGCAGAACGAUCUCGAAAUGGAGCUGGAGCAGCGAUGGAUCCUGAAUCUGAGUAUGCACUUCCGGGACAACUCAGGCCGGGAGAAAUUUUUCGUUACCUAUGCCGAAACACCCACAAAAUGGCGACGGGUGACAAUCUCGAUGGAUUACCGCGGUGCCCCGCCAGACUCUCUGGAGCGAGAUUUGGAGGAAUUGCGAUACCAGCGGGACAAGUGUGCCCGAAUAUACGAAUCGAUUCGGGAAUCGCUUGCCGAGAUUCAAUUCUAUGAUACGGUGACGAAUCUCAAGGUGGAGACUCUUGACGGCCGUCUGCAUGUCCAUGUUACGGAGGAUGUGAAUGAGACGAUACCUUACCCUCCAAUCGCCAGUAUUCGCCAUCUGAGAGGCGCUCGACGAGUGCCUGAGCACCUCCUACACUUCGACUCUCAUCUUUCUGGGUUUGUAUACAAGGUUCGACUGGGAGGGCAGCCAUAUAUCAAAAAAGAAAUCCCAGGCCCCGACACGGUAGACGAAUUUCUCUAUGAAAUUAAUGCCCUCCAUGCUCUCAACGGUGCCCCGAAUGUGAUUCGAGUGGAGGGCAUCGUGGUGGAUGAUCAGCAGGAGGUGGUCAAGGGUCUGCUGAUCAGCUAUGCAGAGCAAGGUGCACUCGUUGACAUGCUGUACGAGCAGCGGGGGCAAAUCUCGUUUGCCAGGCGAGAGCGAUGGGCCAAACAGAUCGUGCAGGGUCUUUGUGAGAUCCACGAGUCAGGCUACGUUCAAGGUGACUUUACCUUGUCGAACAUUGUAGUAGAUGCAGAUGAUGAUGCACAUAUCAUUGAUAUCAACCGCAGGGGCUGUCCGGUUGGCUGGGAGCCCCCUGAGAUUGCCGCAAAGAUCGAGAGCAAUCAGCGGAUUUCCAUGUAUAUUGGAGUCAAGACGGAUCUCUACCAGCUGGGCAUGACACUGUGGGCCCUGGCCACGGGAGAGGAUGAGCCCGAACGACAACCUCGUCCACUCGUUCUUGGAUACGACGUGGACGUGCCAGAGUACUAUCGACGCCUAGUUGACAUUUGCCUCAGCCCAAUACCCCGACACAGAUUAGGAGCAAAGGAGCUUCUCCAUUUCUUCCCACCAGACCUUCUUUUCCGACGACCGCGACCUCUCAGUCGAAUUGGACUCCCCAACGGGAUCGAGCCUGCACCUGUCUUGUCAACGAGGAACGGUCUUUAUCCCUUAUCCCCCCGGGGGCCACAACCCCGAUUACGCCAGAAGGACUCUUACGAGCAAGAACCGCCCAAACAUCAAGUCGAAAGUCAGCCACGGUCUAUGCUCGCAGAUAACCAUGAUGAUGGGAAACGAUCGACCAUUACCCUAGCAGAAUCAACCGGAGAGGCCGACUUUGCGCCUCGCCACUCAUCUGCGUCCACUUUGAACCACAAUGAUCCCAAUAGCACUACCCAGGGUUGUGAUCACAGUCAGUACUCUUUCGACGAUUCAAAGUCUGAAACCACUCCAGAUCAGAAGGUGCAAAAUGCAGUUCCAAUCUUCUGGGCCAACAACAUGGAAACUGGAAUAGGUACCAAUACAGAGGAAGAGUUACCACCAUUGGAGCCUCUUCCCAGCCAAACCACGCCUGUUCCCGUUCAAGAUCAAGACACGAGUGAUGAUUCGAAGCCCAGCCUUCUCGUUCAGUCGACUUCGGAAACUAUUCCUAAUGCCAAACAGAUACCCUCACCCACUCGAAAACAUGUCAGCUUCGAAAAUCAAACGAAUAAAGAUGAUCACUCGACAACCUCUCUCCUGCUUUCAGCACUGCCAAUCAAUCCUGCCCACAUCUCAAAGCGCAGGUCACUCCCAUCAGUACUGAAAGAGGCACAAGACUCUGAUGAGCGAGUCCCCAUUGGGUCUGUUUCUUCCCUCGCCGAAUCCCGGCUUCCCAUCAAUCCUGCUCUUGGACUCUCUCAGCGCCGGUCACUCCCAGCCAUUCCACGCCAUACGCAACCACGGGCACCCACCGCCGCCGCUGCCGAAUCCAAGUCAACCCAUCAAAAGCUCAUCACCUUCCUCUCCGAAUCCCGUCUCCCCAUCAAUCCCGCCUUCAGCGAAAAACUCACCAACCUUUCUUAACCUCUAUCCUACCAUCUUUUCAGCGCAAAUCUAUAUUCCCAGCAAUCUACGCUCCGACCACGUGAACCAGAACCUGAAGUCUUUUCAGCCCCUAUCAUUUUAUUUACGGGGCCAGUGCUCGAUACCCACUUCGUUUCUUUCUCAUUCCUCCUUUCUCGCUUGUAUAGUUGCCCUGCCCUCCUUUCGUCAUUGUCUGGAUGUCUUUUCAGCAUAGCUCUUUAUCAGGGAAAUAUGCCCCGAUGGCAUAUGCCGGCGAACUUUGGCGUCAAAAAAGUCCCUUUUUCUGUUUUUGCGUUUUGCAUUCUUCUCAUGACUCUGAUUUAAUACACUUUUUUUCCUUUCCGGUUUUAGUUUGCCUUUUUCUGUUUGAAUUCGUUUCUACUUGUUAUCUACAUUGACGUCUUCGGCUUAUAUACGGAGGUUGUUUUCAUUCUUUUAUUUGGCGUUUUAGCGAAUAUCUUGAUAUACUUGGAGAAUUCGUUAUUUUUCCUUUGGUUGAUAUGGCUGUAUUAUUUUUUAUUGAUUGAAUGCAAUGGAUAUUGGAUCAUAUUACUCGUACGACGAGCUAGGGAUGAUCUUAUUCGCAUGCCCUCACUAUAGAGGGCUAUGUAUUCAAACCCCUGAAUUAAGAGAUCGUAGAAAAAAACUAGCUAGAUAA